AUGGGUUUCUUGGGGAGCAAACUGGGCCUAGGGAUGCCUAGUGACCUGCUUGGGGCUGUCAUCGUGUGGGGAACUGGUACCAACGCCUGUUACAUGGAGGACAUGAGCAACAUUGACAUGGUAGAAGGCGAUGAGGGCAGGAUGUGUAUCAAUACUGAGUGGGGCGCCUUUGGAGAGGACGGCUCCUUGGAAGACAUCCGGACGGAGUUUGACAGAGAGAUAGACUUGGGGUCCAUCAAUCCAGGGAAACAACUGUUCGAGAAGAUGAUUAGCGGCUUGUACAUGGGGGAGCUGGUCAGACUCAUUCUUCUGAAGAUGACGAGGGCCGGCCUCCUGUUCCGGGGCGAGAAAUCCUCUGCUCUCUACACCAAGGGCAAGAUCGAGACCCGACACGUGGCCGCGAUGGAGAAGUAUAAGGAAGGCCUCCAGAACACCAGAGAGAUCCUGACGGAGCUGGGCCUGGAGCCUUCGGAGGAGGACUGCGUGGCGGUCCAGCACGUGUGUACCAUCGUCUCCUUCCGAUCAGCUAAUCUCUGUGCGGCGGCCCUGGCCGCCAUCCUGACCCGCCUGCGGGAGAACAAGAAGCUGACCCGGCUCCGGACCACCGUGGGGAUGGACGGCACCCUCUACAAAACCCACCCUCAGUACCCAAAGCGCCUACACAAAGUGGUGAGGAAGCUGGUCCCCAACUGUGACGUCCGCUUCCUCCUCUCCGAGAGCGGCAGCGCCAAGGGGGCGGCCAUGGUGACCGCGGUGGCCGGUCGGGUACAGGCCCAACGGAAGCUGAUCGACGAGGUGCUGUCCCUGUUCCAGCUGACGCGGGGGCACCUGGUGAGCGUGAAGAACAAGAUGAGGGCCGAGAUAGAUUACGGGCUGAAGAAGGAGACCCAGCCGCUGGCCACGGUGAAGAUGCUGCCCACCUACGUCUGUGCCAUGCCCGACGGGACAGAGAAAGGCAAAUACCUGGCUCUGGAUCUUGGAGGGACCAAUUUCCGGGUCCUGCUGGUGAAGAUCAGUAGUGGGCGGAGAUCAGUGAGGAUGUACAAUAAGAUCUUUGCCAUUCCGCUGGAGAUCAUGCAGGGCACAGGGGAAGAGCUGUUUGACCACAUUGUGCACUGCAUCGCUGACUUCCUGGAUUACAUGGGCAUCAAGGGGGCCAGUAGGCUCCCCCUGGGCUUCACGUUCUCCUUCCCCUGCAAACAGGCCGGCCUGGACAAGGGGAUCCUUGUGGAGUGGACCAAAGGAUUCAAAGCCACAGACUGUGAAGGGGAAGAUGUUGUGGACAUGCUCAGGGAAGCCAUUAAGAGGAGAAAUGAAUUUGAGCUGGAUAUCGUUGCGGUUGUCAAUGACACUGUGGGCACCAUGAUGACCUGUGGCUAUGAAAACCCUGACUGUGAGAUUGGCCUCAUCGCAGGUACAGGCAGCAACGUGUGCUACAUGGAAGAGAUGAGGAACAUCGAGCUGGUAGAAGGGAACGAGGGCAAGAUGUGCAUCAACACUGAGUGGGGCGGAUUUGGGGAUAACGGCUGCCUAGAUGAGAUCAGGACCCAGUAUGACACCGAAGUGGAUGAAGGUUCCCUAAAUCCUGGCAAACAGAGGUAUGAGAAGAUGACCAGUGGCAUGUACCUUGGGGAAAUCGUGAGGCAGAUUUUGAUCGACCUAACCAAGCACGGGCUCUUGUUUCGAGGGCAGAUUUCAGAACGGCUCAGGACCAGGGGCAUAUUUGAAACCAAGUUCCUGUCUCAGAUCGAAAGUGAUGGGCUGGCCCUCCUCCAGGUCCGGAGAAUCCUGCAGCAGCUGGGCCUGGACAGCACCUGUGAAGACAGCAUUGUGGUGAAGGAAGUAUGUGGGGCUGUCUCCCGGCGAGCAGCCCAGCUCUGUGGGGCAGGCCUGGCUGCCAUUGUGGAGAAGAGACGGGAAGACCGGAACCUUGAGCACCUAAAAAUCACGGUUGGUGUGGAUGGGACCCUCUACAAGCUGCACCCUCACUUUUCUCGAAUCUUACGGGAAACCGUGAAAGAGCUGGCCCCUCAGUGCGAUGUGACGUUCAUGCUGUCUGAAGAUGGGAGUGGAAAGGGGGCCGCCCUGAUCACAGCUGUGGCCAAGAGAUUGCAUCUGAAGAGGGAAAACUGAGAACUGAGAGGAGGAACAGCUCGGGGUCAGGACAGAUCUAGUGGCUUAGGUCCUUUGGCAACCUCCUUCCCUUGGGAACUAAGUUGAGUAUAGACCAAUGGGUCCAAGCUGCCCUUUUUGGCCAAUAGAGGGAGCCCAGGGGCCUGGGCUGCUUGUCGUGGUUUUGACAUUACCCAAAGAGAAAUCUAUGGGGUUAUAAGGGUUAGGGGUGCAAAGGGUUAGUGUUAGCUCUCUGUGGGACACCCUGGAGCAGAGCGUUCCUGGGGUAAGGCUUUGCCCAAUUUAGUGGGUGCUGAAAACCCUUGUAGUUCUUUCACACCUUAGAGC